AUAAUAAAAAAAACCUUGGAGCUUUAGUUCCCUGCGUAAUUAUAAUCGACCCUGGAUUACAAAAUCACAAGAAAAUGAAAUCUUCAAAGCUUCCUACCAUAAGGGCCUUCGGACAACGACCAAUUUCUUCACAAUUUCUCUCUGCCUCUUCAAAAGGUGAUGGUAAAGUAGAUGGACAGUCUAAAGCUGCUGGCAAACAUAUGCGUGUUUCGCUUUCGAGUUUUCUUGAUAAGAAGCUGCAGAAAGGGGCUAGUUUGAGUAAAUCUGUUCAGGGAAAACAAAAACCAUUUUCAUCACCUGUGAUUGGCGUGGGUGUAAGUGGGUGUAGGGAAGGAGAGAAUAUUGGUAACAGAACAGGUGAACCAGGGCUGAAUUGUGAUAUUGAUGUAGCUUUUGAAAAGCUCAAAAGUACUGCAGAUAAAAAGGAAGGGUUUAUCAGCUUACCUGCUAAUGACUUUGGAGGUUCGAAUAUACACCACAGUCAAGGGUCAAGAAAAAGAGGCAACUCAUUUGAAGGUAAGGACGAGAAAGCAACAGCUCGAAAGGUCCUAGUCACCCUUGGUGAUAAUAAUAAGAAUGCAUAUAAUCCAAGGAAGAAGCAAUUUAUUAGCUACGAGAAAUCUAAGCCUCUCUUUAAUCAUUAUGCAAAUGGUAGCGGCUGGUGGGACAGUAACAUGGAAGGCGUUGACAAUGAAGAAGUGGGUUGCAACGAAAUGUGGGAAGGGGUCGGAUCUACUACUUUAGGAGGACUCGAGUGGAACUAGUUAAAGCUAUCAUCAGUAGCUAUGAUAUGUUGUAAAUUAUGCAGUACUUCCAAGCCGUGAGAAACUUCAUGAUGAAUGGCAUUUUUCGAAGUCUGUCUUUAGAAUGUUGUGGUGAUUAUAUGUUGUCAGUGUUGAAAUCUGUUUUUAGAAUGUUGUGGUGAUUAUAAGUUGUUGUCUUGUAUCUAUAUCUAUAUACCUAUAUAAAGUAAAAUCUCAGGAGGCUUACGUGGCACUCCUAAAUCUCUUGAA